AUGCCCUGCUGGAGGGUCCCCUCCUGGAAGCGCAGAGUUGCAGGAGCAGUUCCCGUGAAGUUACGCAGCUCGCCGCCCGGCCUGGGGUCACCGCCACCCGAACCUCCUGGAGACCUGCCCUGCGGAGGACGCCCUUCCAGCACCGGAGGGCUCGCCACUUGGGAGCGGCGGCGCCCAGUUGGCGCCCACCCCGGGACACACUGCAGUCAAUGCCUGGCAGCGACUUCUCGCUUCGCCCUCAGCCUCCCCCAUCGACCCUCUCUGGCCGACCUUUACGCCCAACUCGGGCGCGCUGCGAGCCUCGCGUCCUCGCCGUCCACGCGGGGCCCCACCCCUUCCCGGUUCCUGCCCGCGAUCGGGUCGGAGGCGAGGGUAGGUCGAUCUCCUGCCCGGAGCCGGCCGCCGGCUCCGCUUCUUCACUCCAGUUCUCCGGCGCUGAGCUGUGCGGCGCGGGGCCGGCGGCGGCGGAGCCGACCGAGGCGCGGGAGCCCGGGGACACACUCACGCACGCUCCGGAGGGCUGACCCCGGAGACGCGCGCGGCGCGGCGCGGGGGGCGGGGCGGGGCGGGGGAGAGCGGGCCGGCGUGGAGGUGGGGGUCGCCGGGCCUUGGGGGUGGGCGCGCCGGCCCCCGGCCCUCCGCGUGCUCGCCUCCUGCCAGUCCUCGCCGCCACCACCUGGCGCAGGUCGGAAACCCCUCCUUGCCUUGGCUCCUCGGCGCCGGGGCGAGGGCAAAGUGAAUGGGAAGAUGGAGAUGGAUGUUGAGGGAGUUUCUCCGCGCCCGGAGCCCAUCCCCCGCUCCCAGGGGGCUGGCGGAGCCUGCCAGGCGCCGCCACAGCCGCCCCAGCCCCAGCCCCAGCCCCCGCCGCAGCCGCCGCAGCAACAGCAGCAGCAGCAGCAGCAGCAGCAGCUGGCUCAGGAUGAAGUGCCCGGCGAGAGUGCUGGCGUGGAGGACAGCGACGAUCCCGAGGCGAGACCCAACAGCGAGAAAGGAGAGAGCAAGGUAGGUCCACAGUGUUGGAGCUGUGACACCUUUUGGACAAAACCGAGGAUCUCUCGUAGUGGCUGUCACUUUAACCCCUCCGCUCCCCCCACCCCUUCCCUCGUUUGUGUGGCGGUGGGGGUUGCAGAGGUGGGGAAGGCGUGAGAUCGAGGGGAGUCGGCGGGAGAGAGUGACUUUCCGAACUGGAAGGCGUGUGCCGGAGCCUGUCCUGGUUUCCGUAUUCAGAGGUGUGUGCAGGGAAAAGUCUUCUGGUACUUGCGGUGUGAUGCCCGGGGUAGAGCAGGGCACUCGGGGAGAGCCGUGUGGGGAGACCUCUGGUUGCCCACACAGUCUGACCAAGGCUUCUUGAGAUGAUGUAGGUCAAGGGGAAGCGUGUCUUCAGGAGCUGCCAAGUGGCUUCUGAGACUCCUUGGAGGGAGGUGACAUCAAGCUUAAGAUGGCAACAAUGGGAGCAAAGUUUGGCUCCUUUGCAGAAUGGAGAGCACUGCCUAACCCAGCUCUAAAGUCGAGGCCCUCCUCCUCCGCGGGCCCCCUCCUCGCUAGGAGGGCCGGGACCAGGUGCCUGGCAGCAGAGGAGCCCUGGAAAUCUUUUGCAGCCCUGCUGUGUCAUUGUAGACCAGGGGAUAGCUACUUCUUACUGUGGCCCGGGGAGUUCUUCAAGUAAUUGGAUUCCAGUAAGAAAUGGCUCAGAUGCCAUCAUUCUCUGGUGCUGAUGUUUCUUCUGGAGAAAAUCGGAAAGUGAAGGAAACGGCAUAGAAAACAACGCUCUGGUAAUAUGAUUGGAGUGUAUUUAUUACAGCUUUGUCUCUGAGCCUAUUUUUCCAUUCACGCUUGGAGUUCUGUUUUGUGCAAUGGAAGCUAGUGUUGUUUAGUUGUAUCUGUGUCAAGCGUACACGUGUGGUUGUGAAUACAUUUGGAAACUGCCUGCUAAUGUUGGGGAAGAGUUGGUGCAACAAAUGAGAAUAGUGGAACCAAAGAAGGGUCUGUCCGAAUACUUUCUUACUUUGCAUCACUUAAGGAAGCUACAACAAAAUAGCUACUUGGGCUGGUUAGAAGAGAAUUGCAUGCGUUGAGUGCUUCCGUGAGUGCUCCUCCUACAAGAUUACCUUGGUUUCUGUUGGACCUUUCCGAAGGUACUAGUGGAUUAAACAAAUACCCGAAACACACUGGGAUCAUGUGGAGUGUUGCUGUUCUGUAUUUGGAGACAAGCUCACUUAACAAGUUGGUAUUUGCAAAUGUUCCAGAUUGCCUUGCAUUUUGAAACUGAGGUAAGGAUUGACAUUGUUGUUUAUCUGCCCAAAUCAGUAUUGUAAUUUAAAUGGCAGUCGACCGUGGAACUUGGAAUCUGGGCGCACACCAGACCCAAUUGGAGUGCCUUACGAAUGCAUACAGCAUUUACAUUGUAAAAACUAUGAUGAAUUUUAAUAGUCCACUAUCCUCUGCUUUCCAGUGGCUCUUGAUUUCAUGAAUAUUUAAUUCUGUCAUGACUGCAUAUUUACUACUUUAAAUGACUGUGUGCGCUCAGUUUUAUGAAAUAACCAUAACCGAGCAUUGUAUUAUCGAGUCAAACUUAAAGUCUCUUUUGCAGAAUAGGUGUGGGGAAUAAUUAAAAUACACAGCCGGUGCUGCCGUUUCCGUAUUGUUGGUUCAUAUGCCCUGAGCAUGAGAAAUUCCUGCCAUCAGCAAAAAUCUGUGCUUAUUUGUUUCCCUUUGAUGCACCAUGCAGACUGUCUAAUGUUCUACCGUUUGUGAGGAAUAAGGAAGGCAACGCACUACAGAAUUACAGCAGGUGAAGACAGGCCUGAAAGCAGGUUGAUUACAUAUCGUUAAUUAGCAUGUUCAGUUAAUUGAGUAUUCCACUGAUGUGAUUUGCUUUAGGUUUGUCUGCAAUUUCUUGAGGUGGAAACAAGAUACUACUUUUUUCCCUCCAGGUGUUUGCCUUAAAAAAAUUGUGUUGCAUCCUCUUAAGCCAGAAAUCAGCUGUUUUAACCCUUCGUUUGCCUCUGGCGCUCUCCCACUGGUUCUUCUGAGUUUGAGGUGUUUCAGACUUUAAUAACUCUUUUUGUCUUUGAUGGAUGCUAAGGCAAGUUAUCAACUGAUUUUUCUUAGCAAAUCCUGGUUUCAUUAGUGGGAGGGCCUUUGGAUGUCUGACCAAGUUAUUCUACUAAAAUAUAAAUGGAAGACAAAGUGGGAUAAAAUGGAAUGUGGUUUUACCAAGCUGCUUGGGGUGAAGCGGGGAUAUUCGCGUGAUAGGAUUUAAACACAGUAACGUACAAAUAUAAUGCGGUGAACUAUUGUGGUUUUUUUCACUUGUGAAAGUGAUAAAAUAUGAAUUUUGAAUACUCUACUUUAUCUUAAAUCCUCCUCUAAGCAAGGGUACUGUAAAUAGAAUGUCAGUGGAUAUGACUCCUCUCUCCCUCAAAUGAAGUGUCCAGGGAGUAAUGGCAUUUUUUUUCUUUUUUUCAGUUUCUGAUUUGGGGCCAUGAUUUACUUUCUCAUGAAUUUACCCCAGUUGUCUUAUUGGAGAAGAAAUCAGAGCUUAGUGCCAGAUCAGCUUGUCUCCUGAAUUGCGAGUUUAUGCUUAUACAUCCUCAGAAAGUCUCUGAAAUAGGAGGAAAGGUUAGAAAACUGCAUCAGUCAAAGGAUUUUUUACACCAGAGUUUCAUGAUGUGACUGGCACUCUCUGUUCCUAGAAUAACAAUGCCUGAUCCCUCUCUACCAACUACUCUUUGGAGAAAUGUUUUAAAGCAGCUGCAUGCUAUGUAUGCUUUGAUUCCAUGAAUUGGAGUAGACCCUAAAUCGACCAUUUAUUUCUCCUCUGUGCUUUCACGCAGGUUUAUGUUAAACCUUUACAAAACAGUUUCCUUUUCUUGCAAUGACAUCCAAAGACAAUGUGGUCUCUCCCUUUUGGGGACCUAGUGAGGUAUUUUCUCACCUGUUAUCUCAAGCACUUAGUCGUCGUGUCAGAAUAGAGUUUCUGUAAACUGUACAAACCUCUUUUUUUCUGGUCUUGCAGAUGAAGAUGAAAUGGUCAUGCCCUUGAGUAAGAGACCUUCCCAUCCUCGAAAGAGUUCCCGACCCUGGAUCUGAUCAUCCCCAAAAGUUUCUUGCAGAGUUCUCUGUAGGCCUAAGAUAUCCCAUUAAGAAAUGUGCCUUUUAAGACCCCUCUGAAGUGCUUUGCUUAUGCCGAGUGGCUCUUGGAUAGGAAUUUCUGAAACUUUCUUUGGAAAAGUUAAAAAAAGAAAAAGUUCCUUGUGUUGAGGACCAGCACCUAGUAACUCACUCCAUUUGUGUUAUGUAGUUACUGGUACAGAUGUGUGAAUUCUUCGCCUGAUCCCAGAUGAGUGAUGUAAAUGAUUCUUUCUUGUCUGCUUUAGCUUCAUCUCAUUCAUGUAUUCUCAGCUUUUCUCCCCUCGUCUUCCCGCCGUUCUCUCACACAGACACGCAUACCAUUUACCGUGAAGCAUAUAUUUAUGGCCCAGAUGCGAGGUAUCAUGAUCAAGCGCUCUUUUUUGUUAAGUUCUCAUUAAAGCUUUGGUUUGCAGAAUAUGUUUAUUCUUGUGGUUUUGGACUAGAGAGACUCUGUGCUGCUGCCACCAAUGAUACUUCAUUGAUGAGCAUGACUCAAGAUUCUCAUUUCAACUGCAUUU